CCUCAACUUUCCUCCGUAAUCUCCGCGGAACCCCAAGAGACGCGAUAUAAAAUCGCAGCAAACAACUGAAACCCUAAUGCUUCAGUCCGCUCCCAUCUUCGCAGGUCGUCGCGCAUAUCGAAGGUUAUGGCUCCAAAACAGCCAAAUACUGGGCUCUUUGUGGGGUUGAACAAAGGCCAUGUCGUGACCAAGAAAGAAUUGGCUCCUCGUCCAUCUGAUAGGAAAGGGAAAACUAGCAAAAGAAUCCACUUUGUGAGGAGCCUGAUCAGAGAAGUUGCGGGCUUUGCGCCAUAUGAGAAGAGAAUUACUGAGCUUCUUAAGGUUGGAAAAGACAAGCGUGCACUGAAAGUGGCAAAAAGAAAGCUGGGUACUCACAAGAGAGCCAAGAAGAAGCGUGAGGAGAUGUCUAACGUCCUCCGCAAGAUGAGGUCUGGUGGAGGUGGGGAGAAAAAGAAGUGAAGCAUCCACAUGCUAGGUUUUGGUGUCAUCCAAAUGGAAACAUGAAAUUCACCUUUUGCUUCCCAACUUAGAAGCGUGAAAUAUUAUUUCACGUUUCUUUUCCUUUUUUGUUGGUUUAAGACUUAUAUUCAUAGACACUGGUGACGUCGAGUAAAAAUGGGAGAUUAUCUCAUUUGAGCUAUUAGCAAUUAGUUUUGGUGUAGCUUUUCUGUUGCAGCGGAAUGAAAUUAUUGUUAUUGGUGAUUUUA